GAGAUCAGUCGAAUAAUACAAUUGAUUAGAUUCAAACCAAAAAUAGUUCAGUAAACAGAACCAAUAUUAAAACUCGUCCACAGAAAUAAAAAUAUAUUUAAAACCUAGCUUCAAAAUGAGCCAAACAGUUGAGCGAAAGACCGCAAUGCAGGAAAAGCGAAAGCUGAUGGAGGACAAGAGGAUGAGCAUGGGAAUGCGUUCCUUCUUCGCUUCCUUUGUGGGGGGUUCCUACAGUCCGAGCGACGUGCCACAAAACUGGUUCCAAUUCAUGACAAAGCGGCACAAGGAUGAUAAGCAAUACGUUGAUGCCGUUUACGCAGAUAUGGAACAAGAUAUAUACAUGCCUACUUACCAAACCGAAUUCGACGACGACAGGGACCCCUUGCAUGAGCCCACAUUUUCAACGCACCGCAUACCUCUGCAAAUCCGAUGUAUCGAGCGCUACCACAAUUCUAGGCGGGAAUACGCCCGCCAGUUUAAAAGGGAGAUUAAUCUAUUGAUCGAAAAUCAGUCCACGGCAGAGAACGCCUGGCAGUUCGUUCGAACCAUGGCUUAUACCUCACUUUGGCCGCCGCUUCAUACACACAAGGAGCUGAAGAUGUUUGAAAAGGACUUUUGCAAACUUUCUCCUAAAGAGCAGCAUCGCUACAACAAAAUUAUGGCAACCAAUUUUACAUGAAAUGCGAGAAGCUCAACAUUUUCAAUAUUUCCUACCGCAAAGGAAUUUGCACUUUUGAACAAUUUAACAUGUAAUAUCAAAUAAAAGCUUACUUUUAAAA